AUGCCGUCGAUCGUGUCGUCGCCUACUACUGUGGCAUCAGCAACGAUGAAUCCUGUAUUCGCAUCUGCCAGCAAUUACUUCUCAUAUCCGGAGUCUGGCGGCCUGAUGCUCGCCCACAUUGCUCUGAUGACGCUGGGAUGGGUUUUUGUGUUGCCCGUUGCCAUCGUGUUGAAUAUUGCUCAUUCUUCCUUCACCCUCCCCGUUCAACUCUCGUUUUUGGGAUUGCACGGCAUAGCCACCCUGCUCGGGACGAUCUACAAGUACAAGACACCCCAGCUGUACCAACACAAUUCACAUGGACCUAUUGGGUGGAUUGUGACCUGGAUUGUCGUCGCGCAAACCGUCCUGGCAAUAUUCAAACUCGCCGCUGGUCUUCGGUCAAGACCAACAAGCGAUAAGAAUGAGCAAGAGGCGCUCUUACGUAUGACAUCACAGGCUUUGAAGCAACAUGAAGAAGAGCAACCAGCUACUUCAUAUCAGCACAGGUUUUCUGGAGAGGACGGGCCGUUUACAACACCUGAGCAGUCACGAAGCCAGUCUGUUUCCUCUACGGCCACAUAUACGCAGGAAGAGCAGCAGAGGCUUCACGAAUACGAAGCUGAUCAUGCAGCCUUCACUCAACAUGCGGGAAAGGAAGGUCUUCCGGAUAGUAAGAGGGUUGAGCGUGUCGCGACCGCUAUAGCAGGAAAAUUGUCGAAUCCAAUGCUUCGUUUUGUCGAUCUAGCUUCCAACUUCAUAGACCGUGCCAUCCUCGUGAUAGGUUUUAUAGCCUUUGUGAGCGGUGCCGCUGUCUAUGGCGGUGUUUUCCGGGGUAACAGCAUUUUCAAUGGCUUGGCACACGCUAUCAAAGGUGGCAUUUUCUUCUGGUAUGGCCUGCUUACGCUUGGUCGAUGGACGGGAUGCUUUUCUGAGUACGGGUGGGCCUGGAAUGUCAAACCGCCUGCCGGCGUUGUUGGCUCCUGGAAAGCGCGCGUUCCCUCAGCUGAAUUUGUGGAAUCUUUCGUCAUCUUUUUUUACGGAUUUUCUAAUGUCUUCCUGGAGCAUUUGGCCGCAUGGGGUAAAGAAUGGAGUCCAAUGGAUCUCGAGCACAUCUCUAUUACGAUCAUGUUCUUCGGAGGCGGAUUUUGCGGCAUGCUCAUAGAAUCGACGAGGAUAAGAGACUUACUCAACGCUGUGAUGUUGACGUCUCCUGCGGCUCAUGGACCUCAGCAAAUCCAGGAGAGCUUGAAGCCUCCAAAGACAUAUCCAGUCUCAAUGAACCCCCUGCCGGCCUUGGUCAUUAUGUUACUUGGCGUUAUGAUGAGCUCACAUCAUCAACAUUCAACAGUCUCAACCAUGGUCCAUAAACAAUGGGGCACUUUGUUGGUGGGCUUUGCUCUCGCUCGUGGCCUCACCUAUCUUCUGACCUACCUUUCACCUCCUACCUCCUACCUCCCCUCUCGACCCCCGACGGAGCUAAUCUCCUCUUUUUGUCUUAUCUCAGGCGGCAUAAUUUUCAUGGCAAGCAAUCGCGACACUGUAAACUCAAUGGAUGAACACGGUAUUCAUGCCAUGUUUCCCUUCGCGGUCACCAUGGGAUUCACGUCCUUCCUGAUGGCCUGGGCAAUUAUUGUACUAGCCGUCAAAGGAUGGGCUGUGCAGCGAACUCCACAUUAUUUCCAUGGACGUUUCCACAGACUCAACAUCAUCAAGACGAAUAUGACCACCCCCGACUUUAAUUCUUGA